GAUCAGCAGGAGUGAAACGAUCUCUUGGGAUAUACUGUGUAGUGGUGUGUGCAAGAGUGCAGGCGGUGACGAAGAGGAAGGAAGUCACAUGGGUUAGACUUUAGGAACCUCUCUACAGCCUCAAGCCGUGACAUCCUACUGCCGAAGUAGCCCUAAGGACGCUCGCGAUGUCCUACGAAGACCUCAGCAAGAUCAUCGACUUCCGGGCGCUGCCUGAGCCCGGGGAUCGGUUUGGCUUGGAGAAGGUCAUCGCCACAGGGACCUACGGGGAGAUCUACGAAGCCAUUGACAAGGAAAAUGAUAACAAAAGAGUCGCCAUCAAGGUCAUUGACAACAUCAAAGAGAACCUGGAGGAGGUGGAGGAAGAGUACAGAGUCCUGGCGGAGCUUAGUCUUCAUGACAAUUUCCCGGUCUUCUACGGCGCCUUCGUCAAGAGAAUGGGCAACCAUGAGUCCCAUCAGAUGUGGCUCGCGAUGGAGCUUCUCACACACGGCACAGUCUCCGACCUCGCUGCCGCCUACAAGAAGAGGGACGAGAGAAUGUCGGAGGAGCUCAUCGCCUACAUCCUCCGGGAGGUCAUCAAGGCAGUACAGCAUCUCCACGCCGGCCACGUCGUCCACAGAGAUGUCAAGGGCAUGAACAUCCUCAUAUCGGACGAAGGCAGAAUCAAGCUGGUUGAUUUCGGGCAGUGCGGUCACCUGGACACGACCAUGGGCAAGCGGUGCACGGCCGUCGGCACCCCGUUCUGGAUGGCCCCCGAAGUCAUCGAGUGCGAGCAGAAGGCUGACGUCGACUACGAUAACCGCUGCGACGUCUGGUCGGUCGGCAUCACGGCCAUCGAGCUUGGCGACGGCGACCCCCCCUACGCGGACCUCCACCCCGUCCGCGCCCUCUUCCAGAUCGUCCGCAAUCCGCCGCCGCAGCUCAAGCGGGUCUCGGACUGGACGCAGGACUUCGUGGACUUCAUUUCCGAGUGCCUCGUGAAGAACCCAGACCACCGGCCGGUUAUGCUGGAGGUCCUGGAGCAUCCUUUCAUCCAAGGCGUUCCGGAGGACGACGCGGCGGUCAAGGCAAAGCUUAUAUCCGAGCACAGCCGUCUGUUCGGGCAAGAGAUCCCCCCUUCACGGCCUCUCACAGCCAUCGCUCGCCAGGGGUACCUCAAGACUGAUCGUCGCACGAAGCCUAAGAAGAUGGUGACAGAUAAUUUGGCUUCCCUCGAGUUCUUCAAUGAUGAGGUUGUGGUGGAGACUCUUUACGCUCGCUGGGAAGAAGGAUAUAUCUACACGUGGCUCGCUGAUGUACUGCUGGCUGUGAAUCCCUUCAGUGAGAAGUGCAAGUAUGAUGAAGACACCAAAGUCAAGUACAAGUCCAAGACCAGAAGCGACAACGACCCGCACGUCUUCGCCGUGGCCGACAGAGCCCACCAGGACAUGAUGCAUAACAAGGAGCACCAGACCAUCAUCUUCUCCGGCGAAUCGGGGAGUGGCAAGACGUUCAACUUCACGCAGGUCGUCUACCAGCUCUGUCACAUUGGGAGUAGCAACCCCGGCCUCAUCGACAAAGUGAAGAAGACCCUGGUGGUCCUCGACGCCUUCGGGAACGCCGUGACGCAGCUCAACCCGGACGCCACUCGCCACACCCGCUACUUCGACGUCACCUUCUCCAAGACGGGGAAGGUGUCGGGCGUCAUCGUCUGGCUCCUGAUGCUCGACAAGUUCCGUGUCACCCAUCGCGUGAGAGGAGAAAGCAACUUCCACAUCUUCUACUACCUCUACGACGGUCUCUCCCAGAGCUCAAGACUCUCCCGCUAUGGCCUCAAGCUCGGUCGAAAAUACCACUACCUGGCCAAGCAUCCUUUCGACAACGAGGUUACGAAUGCCCAGCACUUCAAUAAGGUCGAGGAAGCUCUGCAGACCAUCGGCUUCACAGAGCGCGAGAUCCACACUAUCUACUUGGUCUUGGCCGCUAUUCUUAACAUCGGGAACAUCGACUUCACGGGAGACACUCAGGCCAGCAUCGCAGACAUGGAACCGGUUAAGGAAGUGUGCCGCCUGCUGGACACCGACGAGAAGAAGCUGGCGUGGGCACUGUGCAACUGCUGCGUGGUGCAGCCCGGCGGCCAAGUGGACCAGCGGAGGAAAACGGCGGAGGAGGCCGUGAACGGAGCCGACGCCUUGGCUCGAACUCUCUACUGCAGGAUCGUCGAUUUCCUGGUUAACAUGAUCAACACGAAGAUGUCUGUCACGAGACUGGUUUUCGGCGACCCUUACGCGGUGGGAGUUCUCGACAUGUUUGGCUUCGAAGCUAAUGACCACAACACGCUAGAGAACCUGCUUGUUAACGUGGCCAACGAGCAAGUACAGUACUACUACAACCAGUACAUCUUCAACUGGGAGAUGCAAGAUUACGCCGAGGAAGGAAUCCCCACCAAGAACUUCAGUUUCCCCGACAACCGACACAUUCUGGAGCUGUUCCUGGGCAAGAGCACGGGUAUCUUUGCCAUUCUGGAGGACGAGAGUCGAGAAUCCAACGGGAAUGACAUGUCUUUCGCUAGCAGGCUCAAGCAGCGCGUCAGCCAGAAGCAGAUGCAGCAGGUGUCGGAAUACACGUUCGCCAUCUCCCACUACGUCGGUCGAGUCAAGUAUGAUGUCCACAGCUUCGUCUACAAGAACCAGGACCACAUUUCUGCUGAGCUGAUUCAGACGAUGCGCAAGUCCGCCAACGAACACGUGCGCGCAAUGUUCUGCAACAAGCUGACCAAGACGGGCAACCUCACGCACGAGGCAGAGGACAAUUUCAAGGGAAAGAAGAAUCUGGAGGCUCCUAAAAAGCCGGGCAAGAAGGAUUCAAGGCGCUUCAACACCAAGUCCAAGGGCCGCAUGUCCCAGACGCGCCACCUCCAGACGACGGGCAUGAACUUCCGCUACUCUCUGAUCGAACUGCUCUACAAACUGACCAACUCUCAGCCCCAUUUCGUCCGCUGUAUCCGCUCCAACAUGGACUACUCGGGUUCCCUCUUCGACCGAGAUAUGAUCAAGCAUCAGAUCAAAUACCACGCCGUCUGCGACACCAUCAGGAUCCGCCAGCAGGGCUUCUCGCAUAGGAUUCGGUAUCAGGAGUUCCUCAGGAGGUAUCAGUUCCUCGCCUUUGACUUCGACGAAACCGUGGACAUGACGAAGGACAACGCUCGCCUGCUGCUGGUGCGCCUCAAGAUGGAGGGCUGGGCCAUCGGCAAGGACAAGGUGUUCCUCAAAUACUACAACGAGGAGUUCUUGUCCAGGUUGUACGAAACGAGUGUCAAGAAAAUCGUCAAGAUCCAGGCGAUGAUGCGCGCUUACAUGCAGAGGAAGAAGAAGAAGGCGGGGCUUCUGGGGCCGAGCGCCAAGGCCGAAGGGAAAAAGCCUCUGAAGCGAGAGAUGACGAAGGAUGAAGCAGCAAUCAAAAUACAGAGCAGCUACCGAGGCUUCAAGGUACGGCAGUCCACUCCAGACAUAGCGGGUAAAAUCAAGUCACGGGAAAAAUACGGAGAGCAGACGAUAGAGGCGGAGGCAGCUCGCUACGUCCAGUACUACUUCAGGAAGUGGAAGACGCGCUCCCUGUUUCAGCAGCUUCAGCUCUACAGGGCGGAGAAGCAGCAGCAGCUCGUGUAUUUCUCGCAGCAGGUGCACCUCUACAGCCAGGAGCUCCAGGCCAAGAUGCAGCGGCUGAACUACGGCAUGGACCUGUCCAAGGUGAGGAACGAGGCCCCCGGAUCCCACAAGACCAUCCUCGCUAAGCCCAUCAAGCCCCCGCCGAAGCUGGCCCUCGACCACACGCUCAACGCCUACUUCGACACCACCUUCCUGUGCGACCCCAGCAGGGCGAAAAAGGGCAGGCAGCAGGACGAUGACUGGGAGGCGCCCUUUAAGUCCCGCGCCGCCGCCGCCCGCGCCAGCAACAUGGGCUUGGACGAGAAGCCAGACAGCGGACCUACCAAGGGCGGCGGGCCGAGCAAGAGCGCCCAACCCGCCGUCGGCUACACGCCCAUGGACGUCCGCUCGCGCACUGCUAUGUUUAAUCAAGGUGUUAACGACUCAAGCCAACCAACAAGCCAACCAGCAGCAGGUGGAGCAUCUUACAACAGGUUUGCGGGAACCAGCAGCGCCGGGAACAAGGCCUCGAAUUUCAACAAGUAUCUUGGGCCCACCAACAAACCGCCGGCCAGCCAGUCUUAUAACAAGUUUGGUGGUAAUUACUUGAACAAGGGAGUCGCACCGAAGCCGCCUGUGGUUGUCAACACGUGGAACGACCGACAACAUAACGGAUACAAUGACAACACGGAGGUGGACACGCAGGGGACCCACGACUUCCGCAAACACCUUCGGAAGACCAACCGCUCGGCGAUCCAGGAGAUGGAGCAGAAGGCAGCCACGGGCGGCGACGGCGGCUUCAACUUCCAGGUGCCACCAGUGAAGAAGCAGGAGGACCAAGUAAAAGACACUGCUGGCGAGGCAUCAGGGAUAGAUUCCCAAGAAUUACAGGGCAUGCUGCGGAAGACGGGCAACAAGCGGGAGAGCCUGAAGAGGGACGAAGGCAGCAGUGGCGGGGCGUCCUUCCAACCUAACGGCGGCCGGACCAGUAUGUCGCCAACUUUCGUUGAGGAAACGGAGGAAGCCAUGCUAUAAGGAGGGUGGCACUGCGAUGCGUGGCGGUGAAGCGUGGGUUCAGUGGCACUGUGGCAAGUGGCACUGCAGGUGAUGAUGACCUGAAGGCGGAGAUUGAUUUUGUUAUUAACAUUAUUGUUGUUGUUAUUAUCAUUAUUAUUAUUAUUAUUAUUAUUAUUAUUGUUGUUGUUGUUAU